AUGCGUUAUCUGAUUUCGUCUGGACUUUUAUCAUUUGGCUUUCCUGAAGCUUUUUACUUCAAAGCUCAAGCUUGGUCAAGCUUACGACGGCGAAAGUUUUCGUCGCGGUUUGAAGGGGUGGAAGUGGGGGCGAAAGGCUACCAGAACGAACGGCCGUUCGUCGUCCAGAAAGGACAGCGCUGUCGGACGCACGACUCGGAGCCAAGCUUCGACGAUAAGGACAUACGUCGAGGUCGAGCGGAGCACUCGGAAACCGAGAAUUUUUCUUCCGGGCUAGGCCAAGGGAGUCUGGAGGACCAAACUAUCGUUGGCAGCGUCAAUGGUAGUUUGCUUGGGAACAGUGGCCUUGGUUUACGGUUCAGACUGCGCGAGUACCACGCUCGAGUGAGAAGCGGAGUGAUGAGAAGCGACAAUGGUCGUCGGUUCGGCUCUUCAAUUGGCAUCUCAAGAGGCGUGUCUCCGGCGGGUAGUGCCUCGUCUUCCCGUGUGGCAUCAUCAUCAUCAUCAUCGUCUUCUUCUACGGCAGCAGCCUCAGAAUGGAUCACGGAGGGAAUCAAACGGGCGAUGUCUGCUCCGCAUCAAUGGAGCGAAAGUGAAGUCACUGAAGUGAACCUAGUGGUGAACGAGCCAGCAGAUUGA